AAAGAAGGAAGAAGGAAAGAAGAAGAAGAAGAAGGAAGAAAGAAAAGGAAGCGCCAAAGAAGAGAAAGCAAGGAAGAAAGGAGAAGGAAGAAGGAAGCGAAACAUGAAGGGAAGAUAGAAGAAGAAGAAGAAGAAAGGAAGAUAAGAUUGAAGAUGAAGAUGUUAAGAAGGCAAGAAGGAAAAAUUAAGGAACGAAGGGGCGGUGUGCAGCUUCCCUAUUGGACCACUGCUGGUAAGACACCAAUAUGUUCUGCUAGUGAAGAAAGAAUGGACGGGCAACGCAGAUCACUCCCGAAGGACUUGCAGAAUGAUAGCUCACUGCUGCGCUACAAACUUGGUACAUCUGCACCUUAAACUGAUUAACUAGUUCGACGUUUCCUCCUGUAUAACUCGCUCGAAUGCAGCGAUGAGCCCUGUAGCGGGCGGCGCGCUGCUGCUGUUUCUGCUGUCGCUCGGCGGGAGGGGAAGGGGUGGGGGCGUGCGGUGUCCCGAGGACCUGCCGCUCCGCGACCCCUCCGCGACCGCCACGCUCCACGUGGCCAAGUGCUGCGCCAAGGGCCAACAGCUCGACGCCGCCUCCGGCGGACGCAAGUGCGUGGCGAUAGAUGGCGCGGACGGCGCCGGGCGAGACGACGGCGCCGUGCAGUGGGAGGACGUUGCCGCCGAUGCGGUCCGCGCCUGGCUGCAGUUGCCCGAGGAUGUGGCGAACAGCAGCGCCGCGGUGCGCGUGUGGUACAACCGCAGCUGCAGUUUCCACGACGAGCUCUCCGCCGCGAUGGAGGCCGACGCGGACACAGUGCGCGCUCUGUUAGCCGUCAACGGCAGCGACUCGUCCUCGCUGGUGCUGGACGCGUUCCGCGGGCGAGUGCAGCCGUUUGCCGUGUGGCGGCAGCACGUGUGCUUCGACGCGUGGAGCGACCGCCGCUGGUGGCCGCGCGUGGCGCUGACGACGCUGCGCCUGCGCACUCUGUUUAAGUGCUGCGCGCGCGCCCAGCGGCUGGACGCCGAAGGCGAGGAGUGCGUGCAGUGGCCCGGCAAGAAACCUUCCGACGAGGAGACGGAGAUAAUUAACCCGUGGAGGGACCCCGAAGGCGCGUCGUGGCUGCCGCGGCGCCUGGCGUCCACGCUGCUGGAGGUGCGCUACGAGAAGGGCCCCGAGCCCAAGUGGAACCCCAAGGGCGACGCCGACGACGACGCGCUCUGGGAGUUCCGCAACGACGACAACUGGGGGUACGCGGUGUGGCGGCACGGCCCGCGCCCCGGCGACAGCCUGCUCGACGGCGUCACCACGCGCUACUGCUUCGACGCCGCCGCCCCGGCGCCCGGCGCCGCUUCGCCCUCCAAGGUGCUGGUGACGAAGGCGCCCAAGGCGAACAAGUGCUGCCGCAGGGGCGAGAGCCUCGACGCGCGCGCGCUCUACUGUCAGCCGUCGCCCGGCAGCCCGACGCCCGACGCCUCGCUCGGCCACGACGACGAGCAGGAGGUCAACUUCGCCCCCGAACGCAG